UCAGAGUUACUGGGUAUGACUUGGAAAGGUCUCUGGUCUUUGGCAUUGUGAUAGGUGGAAUUCUUUCAUAGGAAACACAGCCCCAGGAUUGUUUUGAUGCAAGCCGUCGGUCCAAAGCCACUCCCCACUUUGCUAUGUGGGGGGAAGGACCGAGAACCGGAUGGCUUGGAUACUUUCAUUCUUAAUUAGGUCAUGCCCGUGUGAGCCAGGAAAGGUCUGUGUUUAUGCAAAGCUAGUAAUACUGUUGCCUACUCUCUCUUCUGUGGUGCCAUCUACAUUUUUGGGACUCGGGAAUUAUGAGAUAGAGGUGGAGGUGGAGCCGGAGGUCAGAGGUCCUGAAAUAGUCACCAUGGGGGAAAAUGAUCCGCCUGCCGCUGAAGCCCCCUUCUCAUUCCGAUCACUUUUUGGCCUUGAUGAUUUGAAAAUAAGUCCUGUUGCACCAGAUGCAGAUGCCGUUGCCGCGCAGAUCCUGUCACUGCUGCCAUUGAAGUUUUUUCCAAUCAUCGUCAUUGGGAUCAUUGCAUUGAUAUUAGCACUGGCCAUUGGUCUGGGCAUCCACUUCGACUGCUCCGGGAAGUACAGGUGUCGCUCAUCCUUUAAGUGUAUUGAGCUGACGGCUCGAUGUGACGGAGUCUCAGAUUGCAGAGACGGGGAGGACGAGUACCGCUGUGUCCGCGUGAGCGGUCAGAAUGCCGUGCUCCAGGUGUUCACAGCUGCUUCGUGGAAGACCAUGUGCUCCGAUGACUGGAAGGGUCAUUACGCAAAUGUUGCCUGUGCCCAGCUGGGUUUCCCAAGCUAUGUAAGUUCAGAUAACCUCAGAGUGAGCUCGCUGGAGGGGCAGUUCCGCGAGGAGUUUGUGUCCAUCAAUCACCUCUUGCCAGACGACAAGGUGACUGCGUUACACCACUCGGUAUAUGUGAGGGAAGGAUGUGCCUCUGGCCACGUGGUUACCUUGCAGUGCACAGCCUGUGGUCAUAGAAGGGGCUACAGCUCACGCAUCGUGGGUGGAAACAUGUCCUCGCUCUCGCAGUGGCCCUGGCAGGCCAGCCUUCAGUUCCAGGGCUACCACCUGUGCGGGGGCUCUGUCAUCACGCCCCUGUGGAUCGUCACCGCUGCACACUGUGUUUACGACUUGUACCUCCCCAAGUCAUGGACCAUCCAGGUGGGUCUAGUCUCCCUGCUGGACAAUCCAGCCCCAUCCCACUUGGUGGAGAAGAUUGUCUACCACAGCAAGUACAAGCCAAAGAGGCUGGGGAAUGACAUCGCCCUCAUGAAGCUGACUGGGCCGCUCACGUUCAAUGGUACAUCUGGGUCUCUGUGUGGUUCUGUGACUCUUCCUUUGUUUCAAGAGGAUUUGCAAUUGCUCAAUGAAGCAGUCUUAUGAUGGCUGCUUUAUAAUCCUUGUCAGAUAUUAAUAAUUCCAACUCCUGAUUCAUGUUGGUGUUGGCAUCAGUUGAUUAUCUUUUCUCAUUAAAGUUGUGAUGUUCCUA